CCCGGCGGCUGAGGCGGCGGCGGAGCUGUGGUGCUGUCCCCAUGGAGCUCUUCCAAGCCAAGGAUCACUACAUCCUGCAGCGCGGCGAGCGCGCGCUCUGGUGCAGCCGCAGCGACGGCGGCCUCCAGCUGCGCCCCGCCACUGACCUUCUUCUGGCUUGGAAUCCUAUUUGUCUUGGUCUGGUAGAAGGAGUCGUAGGGAGGGUUCAACUUCAUACAGAUCUACCAUGGUGGCUGCUUUUAAUUCGGCAGAAAGCAUUGAUUGGCAAACUCCCAGGAGGCCAUGAAGUGUGCAAAAUAACCAAGAUUGCAGUGAUUCCACUCUCUGAAACAGAGCCUCAGGAUCUGGAGCUGGAGCUCUGUAAAAAGCAUCAUUUUGGAAUAAACAAGCCAGAGAAGAUUACACAGUCUCCAGAUGACACCAAAUUUCUACUUAAGACCCUCACUCAAAUUAAAUCAAAUGUGUCUGCUCCAAAUAAAAAGAAGAUUAAAGAAAGUAAAGAGAAAGAGAAGCUGGAGAAGAGAUUAUUGGAGGAACUAUUCAAAAUGUUCAUGGAUUCAGACUCCUUCUACUACAGUCUGACUUAUGACCUAACAAACUCUGUACAGAGGCAAAGUGCAUGUGAGAAAACUGAUUUGCCACUCUGGAGGAAAGUUGAUGACAGAUUCUUUUGGAACAAACACAUGAUUCAGGAUCUCAUAAAUAUUGGUAAUGAUGAAGUAGACUUCUGGAUUAUACCCAUCAUUCAGGGAUUUGUACAGAUUGAAGAGCUUGUAGUUAAUUACAAUGAGUCAUCCGAUGAUGAGAAAAGCAGUCCAGAGACGCCGCCUCAGGAGUCAACUUGUGUAGAUGACAUUCACCCACGAUUUCUGGUUGCGCUUAUCUCACGCCGAAGUCGGCACAGAGCUGGCAUGCGGUAUAAGCGAAGAGGUGUUGAUAAAAAUGGGAAUGUGGCAAAUUAUGUGGAGACCGAGCAGUUGAUUCAUGUUCAUAAUCAUACACUCUCAUUUAUUCAAACGCGAGGCUCUGUGCCGGUGUUCUGGAGUCAAGUGGGAUACAGAUACAACCCACGGCCACGACUAGACAAGAGUGAAAAGGAAACUGUGUCCUAUUUCCGUGCACAUUUUGAAGAACAACUGAAAAUUUACAAGAAAGAGGUCAUUAUUAAUUUGGUGGAUCAGACUGGACGAGAGAAAAUUAUUGGUGAUGCUUUUCUAAAACAAGUGCUUCUGUACAACAAUCCACGCCUCACUUAUGUUUCCUUUGACUUCCAUGAGCACUGCCGAGGGAUGAAGUUUGAAAAUGUUCAAACGUUAACUGAUGCCAUUCAUGAUAUCAUCCUUGACAUGAAGUGGUGUUGGGUUGAUCAAGCUGGUGUGAUUUGUAAACAGGAAGGAAUUUUUCGGGUUAACUGUAUGGACUGUCUGGAUCGUACCAAUGUUGUACAGGCUGCAAUUGCACGAGUGGUCAUGGAGCAGCAGCUGAAAAAGUUGGGCGUGAUGCCACCAGAACAACUCUUACCAAUGAAAUGCAAUCGAAUCUACCAGAUAAUAUGGGCAAACAACGGAGAUGCCAUAAGCAGGCAGUAUGCUGGAACAGCAGCUUUAAAGGGUGACUUCACUAGGACUGGUGAAAGGAAGUUGGCAGGAGUAAUGAAAGAUGGAGUCAAUUCUGCAAACAGAUACUACUUGAAUCGCUUCAGGGAUGCUUACAGGCAAGCAGUUAUAGAUCUGAUGCAAGGUAACCCCGUCACUGAAGACCUUUAUUCCAUAUUUACAAAAGAAAAAGAACAUGAAGCACUCCACAAGGAGAACCUGAGAAGUCAUCAGGAAUUGAUCAGCCAGCUAUUGCAAAGUUACAUGAAACUACUCCUCCCAGAUGAUGAAAAAUUCCAUGGUGGAUGGGCACUUAUUGAUUGUGACCCAAGUCUCAUUGAUGCUACCCACAAGGAUGUGGAUGUUCUGUUGCUGCUUUCAAAUUCUGCCUACUAUGUGGCCUAUUAUGACGAUGAAGUUGACAAAGUAAAUCAGUAUCAAAGACUAAGCCUUGAGGCGUUGGAGAAAAUUGAAAUAGGUCCUGAACCUACUCUUUUUGGAAAACCCAAGUUCUCUUGCAUGAGGUUGCACUACAGAUACAAAGAAACAAGUGGCUAUUUUCAUACCCUCCGAGCUGUCAUGCGCAACCCUGAAGAAGAUGGAAAAGACACCCUUCAGUGCAUUGCAGAGAUGCUGCGAAUCACGAAGCAAGCCAUGGGAUUAGAUGUGCCCAUUAUUGAGAAGAAGCUAGAGAGGAAGAGCAGUAAACCUCAUGAAGACAUCAUUGGUAUUAGAUCCCAAAACAGAGGAUCUCUGGCCCAAGGCAAGAAUUACUUAAUGAGCAAGUUUUCAUCUCUUAAUCAGAAAGUGAAACAAACCAAGUCCAAUGUCAAUAUUGGAAAUCUUCGGAAGUUAGGAAACUUUACCAAGCCUGAAAUGAAAGUCAACUUCCUAAAACCAAACUUGAAAGUUAGUCUUUGGAAAUCAGACAGUAGCCUUGAAACUUUGGAAAAUCCAGUGACAGAUCCUAAACUCCGCGUUGAAUCGGAUAUCGAGAUAUCGUCAGAUAACGACUCGUUCCAUUCUGAUGACUUCCUUACAAAUUCCAAGUCUGACGACGACCAGCAGUUCUCUGACUCUUUAGAGAAUGUAGGGCAGACAGACUAUGUUCUGCCCAGCUGUGGUAUUAUCGCUUCAGCACCUCGGUUAGGCAGUCGGUCUCAGUCUAUAAGUAGCACUGAUGUGAGCAUUAGCAUUCACAUUCCUUCUGAAAUCCACAUCACCCGGGAGAGCAGGCCUGGAUGUGAAGACAGACCUACGCCUUCUGACCGUAUGGAGAUGGAGUUCUCUAAACCCAUUGACGUGUAUUGCCACAGAUUUGUACAAGAUGCUCAAAACCAGAUGACAGAAGCUUCAGAGGUAGAGAGCGGCUCGCGACAACCCCACCAAGAAGCAGAUCAAAGCAGGAAUAAUGCUUCCAAGGAAGCAGAAACGCAGUCGGAAACGAACAGACACACCCCUUCCAGGCCAUCGCAGUUGGAUGGGCUAUUUUCUGACUCAGGCUCUCAGUUCUUGGCUGUUGAGGAAACUUACUCCAAUAAAUCUCAUAAGAGCCCAGGAUCUGCAUCCAGCAUUCUUGAAAUGGGACUUAACACAACUCCUUCUCCAGCAGACAGUAGCAGCAGCAGAGCCGUGUCUCCCUUUGCUAAAAUCCGCAGCUCCAUGGUCCAAGUUGCUAGUAUUACACAGGCUGGAUUGACCCAAGGGAUAAAUUUUGCAGUGGCAAAGGUGCAGAAAAGCCCUGCGGAACCAAUGGGUGGAAAUGAAGUACAACAAAAUGAACUGAAAGAAAUGUUUACACAAUGCCAGACACGAAUAAUUCAGAUUUAGUUUUGAACUCGGGAAGUACACUUGUGGCUUGCAUAUGAUAAACAGAAAUUCACGUCAGAAGCCCCCUUUUUAACUGCCACUGAAUAUUGGGAUCCAAAAUACCAAUUAUGUUUACAGGAGAUAGGGGUGUGUGUGUAUGUGUAUGAUGCCAGUUGACUUGGUUCUGAGCAGGUUUCAGAAUUUCCUUGGGCUGCUGAGCUGAUAGAAAGGCAAACUAUACUUAACAGGUAGCCUCGACACUGGGAUUCAACAAGCACGCUGUUCAUUUAAAGUCUAUUGCACAGUUACCUUCUUGGCCAGUUUUGUAGGUGUUCUGAUGUCUGUGGAAUAUUUGUAUCAAAGGGGCUGGUACUGCACGUGUUACCUUACCUACCCUGCACUGCACCAGCAAAAUAAUUUACUGACAUGACUUUUAGUCUAUUUAUUUUUAGAUUAGGUUUUUUUGUUACCAUUUGAUGUUCUAGACAGUCCUCAAGAAAUGGUGUCUCUACAGUGGGAAUCGAUUCAUUUCAUACAUUUAGGGGAAAUGUUAGGAAUUUAGACUCUCCUCUCACCCCCUUUCCUUUUCCAUCCCAGUUAAAGGAUAAAACAUCUUAGAGAAGUUUAUAAUAUCAAAGAUCCUGCAAGGCAACUUCUUAGGGUUUGUAGAUCUUUAUUGUUAAAAGCCAGUGGGAGCCAAUGUCCUUUUAAUUAUCUUGCUGGUGUUAAAAGUAUGUUGUUUCUCCUUUUGAACUAGUUCCUUACUCUGUAACUUCUUGACCUAUGUAACAGGAUAAAACAAACCAAGGUCCUAAUAUAUCCAGAAAUGACUGCCCAUUGGUUCAGUCACGUCACGGUGACAUUUGAUUAGAUAGUCAUUCUAACUGCAGCCUGGACACAAGCACCAAGCGAUUAAGCCAGCAGAACAGAACAUGUAUUCAUUCACGAAACCGUACUGCUGAUUUUAAGAUCAGCGUAUACAGUGUGUGUCAAAAUGGUUCCUUUUCAAUUCAAACCAAUUCAGCCUGUGUGAUAUCUGCAGGGAUAAGGCUGAACUCGUGGAACAGGAUAGCAAUAUAUAUGUGCGUGUGAGGAUGCCUUCAGGUUAUUUAAUUUUCCCAGAAUUGGCCUUGCCAUUCUAUUGUAGGACAUCUAUAUAAAAGAUCGUAUAAAGCAGGAUCUUGCUAUACUGUGGUUCAUAACUAUAACCACCACCGUUAUAAGAGCCAGUGCCUCUUGUGUUUGAGUACCUGUAUUGUAGAUAGACUGCACGUGGUGUUUGAAGAAAUUAGCAAGUGUCAUAAUGGUUUUACAGUGUCUUAGAACCUCUCUAGUGUAAUUGAAGUGAUUAUCAACUAAACCUGAUCGUCUGUCUGAAACUUUGAUAAACCGUUUCAAUUUUGUUAUUUAUUUUACUAAUGUGGCUUCUGUUUUUUUUUCUGGAGUGUGUCUAUAUAAAUUUGUGACCUAUAUUUAAAAAUAAAAUACCAUUGUAUUUUAAUGUGA